AUGCCGGGGGACUUCGAGCCCCUCUUCGACCGCGUGGGCAUCCUUGGCGUCCCUGUCGCCCGGACGCCGAGGGACCUCCUGGAAGAUCGGGUCCAAGAGCUGCAGAAGCCCUUGCGCCGGCUGGCCACGGGAAACUUCGAGGUGGUGGUGAAGUCGGCCUUAACUGGCGAGGUCUUGUCAGUGGAAGCUGUGGACUGCAUCACCACUGCCCUCGAGCUUAGCCUGGUGAUCCAGGCUCAGCAUCGGCUGGCUUGUCGACCAAUGCUCCUGCUGGACGACGAGGUCCUGAAUCCUCUCCAUCGGCUGGAGCAGGUGGGAGUUCAAUCGGGCAGCCAGCUUUCAGCGGUGAUCACAGAGCCUGCGGCAUUCUGUGUGGCAGGUUUGCCCGAGGUCGGGCUAGGGGAGCACAAGGCCCUGUGCAAAGACUUGAACCACUUGCUGCGCUACUACAUCCACACCACUCCUCCUGUUGCCCCAUACCUUCCAUGCCUGCCAAGUGGCCGUACACAAAGCUUCAUCAUUGUGACCUUGAGUGACUCCAACGAGGUUCAGCAUGUGGUUCGGAAUAUCCAUGGCAAAGUGGCAACCUUGAGUGGGACCACCAAUGCUCUCAUGGCCUUUGAACUCGGCGAGGCAGAGACACUCUUGCAGGAAGGUGUUCAUGAAGCUACGAUUCUCCGGGCGAUCACAGAAGAAGCUCGGGCCUGGAGGCAGGCCGCUCAGAGCAGACCGCGCUGA